AUGCGAGGAUGUCUGCAGUUAGCCCGAUGGCUGAGCGCGGCGCCGAAUGGUCGAUCCGCGAGUCUCGCCUCGGCUGGCUUCUCGUCCCAGUAUAACUCCCUUCGGUCCUUUACAAAUUCGGCCGUUUGGAGUGCUAGGGCAAAGGCGUCUCCAAGUUCCCCCGACACGGACCUUGAACGACGGAUCGCAGCCAUCCCAAUUGAACGAUAUCGCAACUUCUGCAUUGUUGCCCACGUCGAUCAUGGAAAAAGCACCCUCUCCGAUCGGUUGCUGGAGCUCACGGGUACUAUCCAACCCGGUAUGAACAAACAGGUACUCGACAAGCUAGAUGUCGAGCGAGAGCGAGGAAUUACAGUCAAGGCGCAGACCUGUACAAUGAUUUACAACCACAAGGACGAGGACUACCUUUUGCAUUUGGUGGAUACCCCGGGCCAUGUGGAUUUCCGUGCAGAGGUGUCGCGCAGUUAUGCUAGCUGUGGAGGAGCCUUGCUUCUGGUCGAUGCUAGCCAGGGCGUUCAGGCGCAGACCGUUGCGAAUUUCUACCUGGCCUUUGCCCAGGGCCUUGAAUUGAUUCCGGUCAUCAACAAGGUGGACUUGCCCUCGGCCGAUCCGGAGCGGGCUCUGGAACAGAUGAAAAGCUCGUUCGAGCUGGAUACAGAGAAUGCAGUCAAGGUUUCAGCAAAGACUGGAUUGAAUGUUGCGGAAAUACUGCCAAGGGUUGUCGAGAAGAUUCCAGCCCCCGUUGGAGAUAUCUCGAAGCCCCUUCGCAUGCUUCUCGUGGACUCUUGGUACGACUCAUACAAGGGUGUUAUUCUUCUAGUGCGCGUGUUUGAUGGCGAGGUUCGUCCGGGCCAGCAACUAGUCUCCUUCGUCACCGGACUCAAAUACUAUGUGGGUGAGGUUGGCAUCAUGUAUCCAACCGAGACACCCCAGACAGUUCUCCGAGCGGGUCAAGUCGGGUAUAUCUACUUCAAUCCCGGCAUGAAGCGCAGUCAGGAGGCCAAAAUUGGCGACACUUUCACUCGAGUCGGGUCCGAGAAGUUUGUCGAGCCACUCCCUGGAUUCGAAGAGCCCAAGUCCAUGGUCUUUGUGGCGGUCUACCCUAUGAACGCCGAUCAUUUUGAGCAUUUGGAGGACAGCAUCAACCAACUCAUUCUGAAUGAUCGAAGUAUCACAGUUCAAAAAGAGUCCUCGGACGCGCUUGGAGCUGGUUUCCGAAUGGGCUUUUUGGGCACUCUCCAUUGCUCUGUAUUCGAGGACCGGUUGCGACAGGAACAUGGUGCCAGUAUCAUUAUCACUCCUCCUUCGGUUCCCGUUAAGGUGGUGUGGAAGGACGGCACCGAAGAAAUCAUCACCAACCCCGCCAAGUUCCCCGAUGAUGACAGCGUUCGUCUGAAGGUCGCUGAGGUGCAGGAGCCGUACGUGUUGGCCACCAUCACCUUCCCAGACGAGUAUCUCGGAAAGGUCAUCGAGCUAUGCGAGGCCAACCGAGGCGAACAACAGAGUAUCGAGUACUUCACAUCAAGCCAAGUCAUUCUCAAGUAUGAGCUGCCACUGGCUCACCUGGUUGAUGACUUCUUCGGCAAACUCAAAGGCAACACCAAAGGCUACGCUAGUCUGGACUAUGAAGAGUCUGCCUGGCGAGCCGGUAACAUCGUCAAGCUCCAGCUUCUCGUUAACAAGGUCCCAGUUGACGCUGUCUCCCGCCUCAUGCACAUGAGUCAAGUGAACUGGCAAGGGAGACAGUGGGUCACCAAGUUCAAGGAGCAUGUUGACAGACAACUUUUUGAGGUUGUCAUUCAGGCGGCUGUUGGCAAGAAGAUUGUGGCUCGUGAGACGAUCAAGCCUUAUCGCAAGGAUGUUCUGGCGAAACUUCAUGCUAGCGAUGUCAGUCGUCGGCGCAAGCUGUUAGAGAAGCAGAAGGAAGGUCGGAAGAGGCUUCGUGCCGUUGGAAAUGUGGUGAUUGAGCAUAAGGCAUUCCAGGCCUUCUUGGCGAAAUGA